CAUCCAAUCCAAUCACAAAAUUGUCUUUCAUUUACUUCAUAAACUAAAUCAAAAACCUAUACAUCCAAAAAAGUAAAAACAAAAAAUAAAAACACAAUCCCUAAUUUUCCCUCACUUUCCCGAGAAAAAAAAAAUUCCCCGAUGAGGGUACAGAAGAGGUCGAUCCACGCAAUUACGACAUGGGUCCGGCGACAGCCACCCAAAGUCAAAGCCUUUUUGGCCGUGGUGGCCGGUAUGGCCGCCCUUGUGUUCCUCCGAUUUAUAGUUCACGAUCACGACAAUCUUUUUGUUGCAGCCGAGGCUGUUCACUCUAUUGGAAUCAUUGUUCUUAUUUAUAAGCUCAUGAAGGAAAAAACUUGUGCUGGACUAUCCCUCAAGUCUCAGGAAUUGACAGCCAUAUUUUUAGCUGUCAGGCUGUAUUGCAGCUUUGUAAUGGAAUAUGAUAUACAUACCUUACUUGAUUUAGCUACGUUGGCAACGACUUUGUGGGUUAUUUACAUGAUCCGUUUUAAUUUGAAAUCUAGUUAUAUGGAGGACAAAGACAAUUUUGCUGUAUAUUAUGUGGCGGUACCCUGUGCUGUUUUAGCGUUGCUUAUUCAUCCAUCAACAUCUCAUAAUUUAGUGAACAGGGUGUUCUGGGCAUUUUGUGUGUAUCUGGAAGCUGUCUCUGUGCUGCCGCAGUUGCGAGUCAUGCAGAAUACGAAGAUAGUGGAACCAUUCACGGCUCAUUAUGUAUUUGCAUUGGGUGUUGCAAGGUUCUUGAGCUGUGCCCAUUGGGUUCUCCAGGUAUUGGACACUCGUGGCCACUUGCUGGUAGCCUUGGGGUAUGGAUUUUGGCCUUCUAUGGUUCUUAUAUCAGAAAUUGUGCAGACUUUCAUCUUAGCGGACUUCUGCUAUUAUUAUGUGAAAAGUGUUUUUGGAGGACAGCUCGUUCUGCGUCUUCCCUCAGGGGUGGUGUAAACGAAGAUCCUCUUCUGCUGUAGUCCUUGGAGCAAUUUUGCUCUAUGAAAUCAUUGUUCUAAAGCAAUACUGCUGCAAGAUUUUUUUUUGUUUCCACUUAGGGUUCUUCAUGUUAUAACUUGAAGUGAAGUGGGUCAUUUGUACAUUUGGAGUUGCAGAAACUCUAAUGGAUAUAUUUAUUUAAGAUAAUUUCAUAGUUGGGUUAACUUAUUUUGUCAA